CGACGUCACCCAGAGGUCGAAGUGCAGCGGUGAGGGUUGAGUGCCGCUGAUGCUUUUUGACAACCUGUGCAUUUGUCAUGUUACUUUUGCGUGCUUAAUCGACUGACUUUAAACUUGUGUAUGUGUAACAGCGUGAAUGGUAACGAAAUCAUGACUGCGAACGAAGAUCAAGAGAUGGAACUUGAGGCUCUUCGCUCUAUUUAUGAAGGGGAUGAUUGCUUUAAAGAGCUGAACCCAGUUACUUUUCAGUUUAGAAUUGGAGAUCACGACGAUGCUAAAGCAUUUCUGUUAGAAAUCUCAUGGCCAAAAACCUAUCCUGAAACAGCACCACACAUAUCCUUAGAUGCUUUUUUCAACAAUAGAAUAUCUCCAGAAACAAAGCAAGUAAUAGUAUCCAAACUGGAAGAGCAGGUGGAGGCCAACCUUGGAACUGCCAUGAUGUACACUUUGUAUGAAUGGGCAAAAGAAAACCAGGAAUCGCUCAUGGAGAACCACCGUCCAGUUGCUGGAGCCAUGACUCCAGUCACUUUGACAUCCAGCAGCGACUCUUCAAGCUUGAACUCUACGAUCAAAAAGAAGGAAAAGAAGGAGCAAUUAACUAAAGCUCAAAAAAGGAAAAUAACUGGAAGAACAGAUAACAAGGGUGAACUUCCUCGGGGAUGGAACUGGGUUGAUGUUAUCAAGCACCUGAGCAAAACCGGAGGGAAAGAGGAUGAAUGAAGUCCCAGAAAAGUGUCUGGAGGAUUGACAUCAAAGUGCAAUGAACUCUUCUGACCUCAUUCAUUCCUCCCGUUGUAGUUCUGUCUGCCUCAGAGGCCAUUGUGUGACAAGAGAGCUGUUUCUCUUAUUUUAUUUGUUUUGCCGUAAUAUAAGCAAGGUUUUGGGAAGAGAUUGACAGGUCUGUGAUAGCGACACAUCUGUAGAACUGUUUAUUUUGUAACAGGGUGACUCUGUGAUGUACGGGGUGGCUGUUUUUGUCAUGUCCUUUGCUUCUAUGACAUCCUGUAAUGGUUUUCUGUUCUGAGCUGGCGUGAUAACAGGUUGCGAAACAGUGUUGUUUCAAGUGUUUAUCUAAAUAAGAGAAUAGCCACCAAACUGUGGGGAAUUGGGGAUUUGUAUCAUCAGUCAAAAGAUCGAGUUAGCAGGCAAGGUCAGAUCUGCAUUAACCUUUCUGACAACACUAACUCAGGCACAUGACAUUUUCAGAAUAGCUGCCAAAGGCCUGCAUCAAUAGACAAUAUUUCACACUGAGUAAAUGAAGUAAAUAAGGUAGGAAGUGGUAAGAUGUUUUCUGGCCUGUUACAUACACCCACCAUGCAGAAUGAGCAUUAUGGCUUGAACUGUUGCUCAGUGUGAGAUGGACAUCAGCCUGUACUUCACUAGUCAUUUUGUGUGGUAUAUUGUGCUGUCCAAAAAUAGCAGGCACCACCUUUACAAUGAAUGUUUAUGCUGCUCCUGUGAAUGUUUAGACCUGUCUUUUUUUCCCCCACAGAACAGCUUUUGAGAUUAAAUGUUUUUUAAUGACAAAUCUAAUUGAUGUUUUCUUUGAAAUCUGUCUUGUCUGCAUAUACAUUAAGAGUUUUAUAUGCUGUGUUGUUACAAUAAAGAAAACAGCAAUGAGUUGCCA